AUGAAAAAUGUUAUCGUCGGAGCGAUUUGGCCUGGUAAGAAAAAGUCAGACAAACAACAAAUAUGUGAAAUAAUUUCUAGAAUUAGUAGUAAAUCGAAAACAUUGGAACAACCAACACCAUAUUCUCUUGCCUCCUACAAUGGCACUUGUGUGCCUCUUUCAAUAUAUUUGAUUGCAUUGACCUGUGACAAACCAGCACAAAGUCUUAUUCAAGGAGAAACAUUUCAAGGAGAACCAUUGCCAAAGCUACGAUCGGAUGAACGUAUGAUGAAAAUAUAA